UUGACACCCAACGGUUACUGGAACGGACAGCACUCACAAUCUUGUGCGCAUUAUCUCGCGAAAUGCGAUAAAUUCAAGAAGACCAAUGGCUAUCUCGUUAGAUCUUGCGACAAGAAGCCCAAUAUUAAGUUGGACGGAAAGUACUACCGGGUACAAUCGUUAAAAAGACAAUACAACGACUCUAUAUAUAAGGGUGUAAUAAUCUCUGUAUAUUGCUAUGGAAAUAAAGUCUUUGCACUGAUUGAUCCCGGUUCAGAGAUUUCUUGCAUAUCCGAUCGCUUUGCAUUAAUGAAAGAUAUCGAACGUUGGACGCAAACUACUCACCUUAUCUUAGCAGAUGAGAAGAUUUCAAAGUGUGAAUCCAUGGCCACAGAUGUUAAAAUCUCGUUGGCCGAUGGUAGAAAUAUCACUACCCAAGCUGUGAUAGUUAAGAUGUCACAGAAGUUCGCUGCUUGGACGAGUGCUGAGUUAACGCGCUUGAACAGGGGGUCCAACGCAUCCUUCCAUAUAGACGGAUCCCAGGCAAUAAUGUUCAAGCCAUAUGUUGCCGUGGAUGUGAUGAAUUUUUUUUGAACAGCACCAGUCGGUUGCGGGGGUGUCGCCAGCUGAAGCCAUGGAAGCCAAAAGCGCGGAAAGAGGCAAUACCCAGAAACAAUGCUGCAACCAGGGAUUUUAUAUGUCUAUCGAUACUUUGAGUUGUAGCAUUUAGUCUCGUUUUAGGGUUUAUCUUGGUGAUGUGUGAGCGUCGAUGCGAAUACAAGCGUUAGCCGAAAUGUAAUAAUUUGCACCAAUAGGUAUUGUUCAUCGAUACAUUGAAGCGUAUAACCAAGUUAGGUUAUAGAAAGGGGAUAACUGAAGGCACAGUUCUGUCGAAACACAUUUUGAAUUUUCUAUCAAAUAAACCGAUGGUAGAGAAAAUCUCGUUUCACAUAUAAAUGUGAUUAAUAAAUACAGCAGGGGC